AUGUCGGAGGUGAAGCCGGAGGAGAUGAGCCACCCGGCCAUGGAGCAGCUCCAGGGGUUCGAGUACUGCAUCGACUCCAACCCUCCAUGGGGGGAGGCCAUCAUACUGGGCUUCCAGCACUACAUCCUGGCGCUGGGCACGGCCGUCAUGAUCCCGGCGGUGCUGGUGCCCAUGAUGGGCGGGAGCGACGGAGACAGGGUGAGGGUGGUGCAGACGCUGCUCUUCGUCACCGGCAUCAACACGCUGCUGCAGUCGCUCUUCGGGACGCGGCUGCCGACGGUCAUAGGCGGCUCCUACGCCUUCGUCAUCCCGGUGAUGGCCAUCGUGCAGGACUCGUCGCUCGCGGCCAUACCCGACGACCACGAGAGGUUCCUCCAGAGCAUGAGGGCCAUACAGGGGGCGCUCAUAGUGUCCUCCAGCAUUCAGAUCAUCCUUGGUUACAGCCAGCUCUGGGGUAUUUUCUCCAGAUUCUUCAGUCCACUGGGAAUGGCGCCGGUGGUUGCGCUGCUCGGUUUUGGUCUCUUCGAAAGAGGAUUCCCUGUGGUUGGGAGAUGCGUUGAGGUUGGCCUGCCAAUGUUAAUCCUCUUUGUUGUGCUUUCCCAGUAUCUGAAGAAUGUACAGAUAAGAGAGAUCCCCAUACUGGAACGAUUCUCCCUGUUCAUCUGUAUCGCAUUGGUCUGGGCGUAUGCUCAAAUUCUCACUUCUGGUGGCGCGUAUAAUCAUAGCACCGAGGUCACUCAGAUCAACUGCCGCACUGACCGUGCCAAUCUGAUCUCUUCCGCCCCAUGGAUUAAGAUCCCAUACCCCCUGCAGUGGGGGGCACCAACCUUCAGUGCCGGCCAAUCGUUCGGUAUGGUGUCUGCGGUUUUGGUCUCGCUAAUAGAGUCCACAGCUUCUUACAGCGCUGCAGCUCGGCUUGCAAGUGCAACUCCACCUCCAGCUCACAUCCUGAGCAGAGGCAUCGGGUGGCAGGGAAUCGGCAUCCUCCUUUGUGGGCUCUUUGGAACAGGGACCGGCUCCACUGUCUCAGUGGAGAACGUGGGGUUACUAGGAUCAACGAGGAUCGGGAGCCGCCGCGUCAUACAAAUCUGUGCUGGCUUCAUGAUCUUCUUCUCCAUGCUGGGGAAAUUUGGAGCGCUGUUCGCUUCCAUCCCGUUCACCAUCUUUGCCGCGGUGUACUGCGUCCUGUUCGGACUAGUUGCUGCGGUGGGGCUCUCCUUCUUGCAGUUCACCAACAUGAACUCGAUGCGCAACCUGUUCAUCGUCGGCGUGUCCAUCUUCCUUGGCCUGUCCGUGCCGGAGUACUUCUUCCGCUACAGCAUGGCUGCCCAGCGUGGUCCUGCGCACACUAAAGCUGGAUGGUUCAACGACUACAUCAACACCAUCUUCUCGUCGCCGCCGACGGUGGGGCUGAUGGUGGCCGUGUUCCUGGACAACACGCUGGAGGUGAAGGACGCUGGCAGGGACCGCGGGAUGCCGUGGUGGGUGCCCUUCCGCUCCUUCAAGGGGGACAGCAGGAACGAGGAGUUCUACAGCCUGCCAUUCAACCUCAACCGCUUCUUCCCUCCCUCGUAA